AUGGCCACAAGCACUGCCCAGAAGCGUGUCAAGACAGGCAGCCUAACAUGCAGGAAACGUCACGUCAAGUGCGACGAACGUAGACCAGAGUGCAGGCGCUGCGAGAUAGCUGGCCGGUCGUGUUCGUUUCCUAGGGCAGCUAGCCCCGACCAUCCAAAUGAAAUUGUCUUGGAAGAAAGUGACUAUUUCGACUUUCCAGCAGAUCAUGUCUGGGUCAACAUUCCGUCUCCCUGCACUCCUAUUGGAAGCCUAGCAGAAGCUCUAAAUUCAACGCUGCCCAUAUACCUUCCACAGCUACGAGGACCCUUAAGAGAUCCAGGAGAAGCGCGUCUGCUAACUGUCUACACUGAGCAUCUAAGCGGAUGGUUAGCGUUGAAUGAUCCAAGACAUCACUUCUCAGCCUCUGUACCUCAACUGGCCAUGAAAUGUCCUAUGCUUCUCGACGCAAUCUUUGCAUUUUCGGCGCGGUAUCUGAGCCGCUCUGACCAGGAUUUCAGCCCCCUCGUAGCAGAUGAAUACCACUAUAGCUCCUGUGCAUCUGAGAGUGCAUUGGCGCUGUCGACAGUCAUUCUACGAAUGCAUGAAAUGCUUAGCGACCGCAGUGCUGAAGUUGACCUGCAGCGGCACUUGCGAGGGUCUCUCUCUCUAUUUAGCCACAACGCAAAUAAGUUUGGUCCAGGAAGUCUCAAGCAUACUGCAUUCUGGACAUAUGUUCGCCAGGAGAUACUAACCGCUCUCCGCGGCUGCUCCCCGACCAAUAUUGACACCUCGGAUAGAACAUACUACGUCGUCUUUGACGGAGAUACGGACGAUGAUUGGGCGAAUAACAUCAUCUGGGUCACUGCACGAGUAAUCAACCACUACUUUGAUUCGCGCGUUUCCACAGUAGCUUCUGCGCAUCAGGAGAUGCUAGUCACUCUUGUGAACAGCUGGCAGCAGAGACUCCCUGAUACAUUCAAUCCACUGUCCGUGGUUAUCGACAAUCAUCCAUUUCCAGCGAUCACGUACACAUGCAUUUGGCACAGAUAUGUCAUCUAA